GAUCUGGAGCAGAUGGCCCAAGAACAGGACGCAGAGUCGACCAGACUGGCUGUCCUCGCAGAAACUGAAAGCCAGAGACACCAAAYGCUCAGUAACCAGACAGCGUGGAGRAAAGCUAACCUGGCUUGCAAACUUGCCAUAGACAACAUGGAGAAGGAUGAGCUUCUGCACGGUGGAGAAGACCAGAAAACCAGACAGAGGAAGGCAACAAAAGAAGGUCUUGUGGAAACGAGCAGCAAAUUUACAGAGUCUCUGAUGUCCAUCAGCAGGAUGAUGUCUCAGCAGGUGAUGCAAACUGAAGACACCAUUGACACUUUAGUCACCUCCUCCAGAACGGUGCAGGAAACCAGUGAGGAGUUUAAAACCAUGAAGGGAACCAUCCACCUGGGGACGAAGCUGAUCCUGAAGUACAACCGGAGGGAGUUAACMGACAAGCUGCUCAUCUUCCUGGCCUUUGCCCUCUUCUUCGCCACGGUCCUCUACAUCCUCAAGAAACGCCUCUUCCCCUUCAUUUAAAGCUCAAGCUGAAUUCUGUUCUAAGCUCAUAAGAAGCGAGACUGGACUGUUACAGGAGGAGGCGCUGAAACUAUUUUCACCUGCAAAAAAAAGAAAAGGCUGUGAAUUUUGUUUGCAAGCUCUUUUCAGGAAUACUUCACUCAGGAGGUGAUGUAGCUCUUCAAUGAUUGUAUCAUAACUGGAAUUGUGUUACGAACAUUUGGAUGAUCUCUCUGGGAAUUUAUUUUUGAAAGAAGUGCGACUUUGUUAUAAAAUAAUUAAUUAAUAUGUUACCAAUUUGUAAUUGUUGAUUUUUUUUUAUAAAAACGCACUUUGAGCCAUAACCAAUGACGUUCCAGACACAAUAUGCAGCAUUAAUGUGCCUUUCCUCCAUUCAAUMAGACAUGGAUGCUUUUCAUUCAACUUGUUUCUAUAUUGUCUUUAGGGUUGUUUAGUUAGGUUAUUUGCAAGUUUUUUAAAAUCAAAAUUGUGGCAUUUAGUUAAUUACAAUUACGAYUGGAUGGAUGGUUAGGGACAAACAACAAAAUCCUGCUGCUCAAACCGAGAGCGGCGACUUCUGCAGGGUGUGAAUGACCAACACAAUCCAUGUGUUUGAACAAAGUUUAAUAUUUACAACACAUUGCGCAGUGUAUUGUUGCACAGCUCUCCUACAGAUGUCAGCAUAUCCAACCUUUUCUGCUUGAGAAGAAACUGUUCAGCAAAGCAAAAUAAAACCAAAGAAACAGA